ACGUGACAGUUCCGUCAGCUGUGGUGACUGUACGUAAGGGAAGGGAUUUCUUUUCCUUCUGGUUUUUAUGUUUGUCUAACAUUUAAAGUUUCUAAGACAGUGCCGAAAUCUGGAACGAAAAUUGUUCAAUUAAUUGUUAGAAAUUAUGUACAAUAUCAAAGGUCCUAGCAAAAUGGUGGCGAAAUCAGCAAGACGAGGAAUUUCACAAAAUGUUGACAACUUUAAACAUUGCAAAUCGUUAGAUAAUAAUGAUAAUGAAUUAAUAAAUGUUUCCAAACCAGUUUUCCAUAACACUUGCAAACGAAAUAUAUUAAAUAAACAAGAACAGAGUAUGCGAAUCACACCACAGCACGAGGAAAUUAUUAACUACAUACAAGACUCAUGGACCUUAGUACGCUCAGAUUUGGACGAAACCUGCUCAAAGAAAACCAAUAACAACUGUGACGGUAAUUGCACCGUAUUAUUCUACGAAGACGAUCCCUGCCCACAUUUGCAGGAUUUCAAACCGUUCGACUUGGAGAAUUGGUGGGGUAAACGAUUAUUUCACUCUAUAACUAAUUCCAUUAAUGGGAAGGUCGAUAAGACAUAAAAAAAAUGAAGAUUCUUACGCAUAUUUUUGUUAAUAGAUCGUCUGUGUAAUAUUAAAAAGUAUGUAACGUUAAGAAAAUUAUCGUAACUGAUCUAGAUGACGAAUUAAAUUUCAGGUGUAGAUAGUUAGUCAGUUGCUGAAGUGAUAUUUUAACGAAUCGUAACUACUAAAAUGAUUCUAAGGUUCAUGUUUUUUAAAAAAAAAAUUGUAGGUACGUAAUGAAAAAAGUCUUAGAUUGUGUGAAUAGUAUCAGUAGCAUAAUGUAACAAUUUUAGACAUUAAAUGCUAUUAAGUAGGUAUAGGAAGAGUGACCAGCAGACUCAAAAUAUAAAUCAUUUAGAUUUUCCUGUUUUAGAGAUCAAAUUUCUAUGUGUAAACUUCGAGAAAUCCACAUAAACCGUCUUUAUCAUGUAAGACCCUAAGAACCCUCUUAUGGGUGUCCUAAAUGACAGAUUGGAGAAUAGGUACUAUUUCUUUUUACACAAGCUUUUAUUUGGUGUAAUAUUGUUGCUGUUUAUUUUUAUAUAUAAAAGAGGAUCUGUUUAGGAUUGAGGGAUAAUAUCCUAAUAAUAUAAUCCUCGGAGUAAGAAAUAAAGAUAGAGAUGUUUUAGUGCUAUAUGCUAGCUUGCCAUCAUCUCUGGUCUUUACAAACAGUGCAGGAAGGAACUUGUAACAUUUCACGGGAUGAUUUUUAAAGGGAAUACAUACUGAUGCAUUUGGAAGGAUCUAUUUACUCGUAUAUUUCUACAGAAUGUAACUUCUGCAUUUUUGGCUCAUUUUAUAUUUUAAAGCUUAUGCGAUUAUGUUUAAUAAUGUAUCUGAACCCUUGGAAAUUACUAAUGUUUACCUUUCGUCCUCUCACUGUCAAACUUUGGGGUUAUGUUGGUGCAAAACAGGGUAAUUACUUUGGGCAGAACAAACGUUGGCGUUAUUACCUAUAGCGUACGCGUCCCCUAUCUUUAUUCCAUUCAGGCAAGCAAUAUACACAUACACAAUAUUCUUCAUGGGAUAAAUUCUCGUGGGUCGACCUCUUCAGGAAUGUUAGAAAGACUUUAAACAUAAAUCUCCCAAAACUCAUUCGACCAGCAUCUUGAUAGCAUAUUGAUAUAUGCUUAUUUUAUAGUCUAUUUUUAAAGAAAAAUGCUACCAGAGAGAAUGCUCCGUCUGCAUCUAACAACUGCCCAUUGCUUGAACAUCAGUGUUGUGUAGACUAAACUAUUUUUGCUCGUUGCUAUAAUUAUUAUCUGUACGUAGACAAAAAAACUAUAGAAAUAAUACAUUUUUACAUGCAGAGAGAAUACAAAUAGUUUACGGUUUGUGUCACUGUCUUGUAUAAAACAUUCAAGAUACAUGAAUCCUUUGAUAAUAAUCAAAGCGUGAAUCGUUUCCUUUAGCUGUUAACAGAGAUAUAAUAGACGUGGGUUUAAUACGUUCAAAUUAUGGCGACAAAACAAUGACGUCACAAGUGCAGCUUUCUAAACCGUAUUGAAUCGCAAUCGAUCGGUUUGACACUACAGGCUGGGGCAUUAGGAAUUUAACGCCCCAGGAUGAUCAUUGUAGACAACACCUUCGUGUUUAAACAUAUCAGUCACGUUGCCAGGAUUAAAUUCAUAAAGCUCUUCAUAUUCACAAAGUUGUUCGAAUCGAAUCUGUGCAUUCUGGCGACUGACAAAAAAUGACGUCACGAAUGAAAACGUUUGGAAAUCUUUUAAACCACUGUACGAACACGGUGAAUCACCAGAAAAUAGCUUCUCUCUAAGAAAUUUCAUUCGCAAAAGGGCAAUGAUACAUUUUUAUUACGUAAGCAUCUCAAAUGAUAAUCUGUCAUACUAUGGCUAAUACUUCCGUCUGUAUUCAUCACAAUGCCCACCACUAAACUUAUGGUGCGUUAAAAUGUAGCUUUGUUGUUUGUUCAUUUAUUGUAUUGUUAUUUUGUUUGUGAGUUCGAUUUUAUUUAAAACCAUUUGUCAUUUGGAGGAAAGUAUAAAAUAUUUGAUCACUC